AUGCUUAAUGAUUCAAUUGAUAUUUAGACACAUUCAAAAGACUAACAAAACUAAUAACCCUAAUAUCCUUGUUUUGUGUAUAACUUCCCUCCUACUUCAAUGGUGGAUUAUAACAACCCUCAAAUUCCAUAAUUACAAAUUAAUAACUCAAGUAUAAUAUUAUUUUUCUAUCAAGAUGACUCAAUUUUUAAAGAUAAUUUGCAAAUUCCAGCAUUCCUCUAAGGCUUCUCUGUACCAAGCUUUUAAUUCAACAAUUCGAACAACUUUUUUAUGAAUGAACAAAAAAAUUCAUUUGUACCUCCUAUGGCUAGUGCGCUAGCAUCUGUUUUUAAUGAACAACAAAUAUCAACUUUAGAAAAUGACAAUAAAAAAAAUCGCAUAAUAAUUGGCACCUAAACACUUUGUGAUAUAGAGAUGAUACUUGUUUAAAGAUAUUUCGAUAUAAAGACUUAAGUAAAUAUUUGCCAUAUUAUAGUUAUUUUGUCCUCCAAAUAUAAAAUACUCCUUGAAUGAAGAGAGAUCCAUUUCAAAUUAAGAUUGGAUGAAGGAUAGAAUUAAAAACAGGUACAAAAAGCCGGUAAAUUUGAAAUUUUAUUCUGUAGAUCAAGGAAUCUAUGUUCAAUUUAAUUGAUGUAUUAGCUGAAGAUGAAGAAUCAAGCAACAAAAAAUAUUUCAAUUUCCAACAAUUUUAAUCUUAAGGAUUUGAUAAUUUAGAGAAACAAGUUGCUAAAUCAGUAAAACAGGAGAAACCCUUUACUGAAAUGAUGAUAGAAAUUCAAUUUUUAAUGAAAUAAUUUUUAGUGACAAAAUUUUGA